CCUCACCUCAAAGCCAUAUGCCUUCACUGCACGUCCAUGGGAAAUUCGGCGCACGGACUCCAUUGAUGUGAUGGAUGCCGUUGGGUCGAACAUUGUUGUUAACCAUCGCACAGGAGAAGUGCUGAGAAUUCUGCCUCAAGUAAAUGAGGAGAUCAAUGAAGAGUGGCUCUCCGAUAAAUCCCGCUUUGCCUAUGAUGGCUUGAAGCGUCAACGCUUGUUGUAUCCAAUGGUAAAGGAUUCAUCUGGCGAGCUGCGUUCUUGCGAGUGGGAGGACGCCCUUAUUGUGGCGGCUAAGGCCUUAAAAUCCGCUGAUGGUUCUGUUGCUGCGAUUGCUGGAGGGCUGGUUGACGCAGAGUCUCUAGUUGCACUGAAAGAUCUUGUCAACAAGCUCGGUGGGGAAUCUACCUGUACUGAGGAGAUCUUCCCUGAUGCUGGAACUGGCACUGACCUUCGUUCUUCAUACUUGCUCAACACAAAAAUUGUUGGCGUUGAGGAAGCUGAUUUGAUUGUGUUCAUUGGUACCAAUCCUCGAUAUGAAGCUCCGCUAUUCAAUGCACGUGUUCGCAAAGCAUGGAUGUACAAUGAAUUAAAUGCUGCCAUAAUUGGACCAAAAGUGGAUCUUACUUACGAUUGCGAGCACUUGGGAGACGAUCCUUCUAUUAUUGGAAAACUUCUGAAUGGCUCACACCCAUUCUCACAACGUCUUAACACUGCCAAACGACCAAUGAUUGUAGUUGGGACUUCCCUCUUGGCUCGCCCCGAUGGAGGUGUAUUGUACAGUCAGCUUCUGCAACUGUCCCAGAAACUGCGCAGUGGCUGUGAAGGUGGAGCCGAAUGGCGUGUGUUAAAUGUGCUGCAGAGGGUGGCCUCACAGGUGGCCGCUCUUGACCUGGGCUACACUCCAGGUGUGACAGACAUCUGUAACCAUCCCCCGAAAGUGUUGUAUCUUCUGGGUGCUGAUGAAGGAGCCAUUACCCGGGACCAGCUUCCAAAGGACAUGCUUGUUAUCUAUCAGGGCCACCAUGGAGACCGCGGAGCAGAAAUGGCCGACGUGAUACUCCCUGGGGCUGCCUACACUGAAAAGACAGCUACCUAUGUUAAUACCGAGGGCCGAGCCCAGUUGACCAGGGCUGCCUUGGUCCCUCCAGGCAUGGCUCGGGAAGACUGGAAGAUCAUCCGAGCUCUUUCAGAGAUCGUUGGCACAAAGCUCCCUUAUGACUGUCUUGAUGACGUCCGUAUGCGCUUGACAGAAAUAUCACCUAAUUUAACACGUUACGGGGAAGUGGAGGAAGCUAACUACUUCACCCAGGCCUCAGCUCUGGCACAGCUUGUGAGCGGUAAACAAGACACAACACCAAUCGAUGUUCCACAGAAGAAACUCGAAGACUUCUACAUGACUAACUCUAUUACUCGGGCUUCACCAACAAUGGCCAAGUGUAUUGCAGCAGUUAGGAAAGAGGCAGCAAACCGAUAUAUAGAAUAAUGGGUGUUGAAGGGUACUUAGUUGAUGUAGUAGGUGCACUGCAGUACCUUACGUAAUGCAGUGGUGCUUGUAUAAACGAAAUGUAAUUUUCUCCAGAAUCAAUGAUAAAGCUUCCAUUGGAUGAAUUUAUUUAUUACAAAACUAGCAGGUUAGGAACAUUGCUAGUGAUUUGUUAGUUGUGGUUCCUUGAAGAGUUGUCACAACACCAUGGCUGAAUCAUUCACAAAUAACACAAACUUAGAUGAGGUAGCUUCAGAUGAUUCAUCAGUUCAGUUCUUUUAAAGUUUCCUCUCCUAAGUGUGAAUUAUUUGUAUUUUUGGCUUCAGUUGGAAAACAGUUGAAUCUUUAUGAUAAGACUAAAAAAAUCCUCAUAAUCUUUCUCUGUCGGUAAUAUUGUAUAUGUUGAAGGCCUGAAAAUCUCAUCGUUAAAAAAUGUUGAAGGUAUUGUUUGAAAUUUAUAAUUUAAAACCGACCUGCAUUCAUGGAGAUUAUUUGGAAAAUAACACUGUACAGAUGUCUAUAUUUUGUUUGUAUAGAUUGCCCUAAUUAUAGGAAUUUAUAAUUAA